AUGACUAUCAAGCUCAUUGGAUACAGUCGUUCGCCAUAUACCCUCAGAGUUAUCGAAUGUCUUCAUGAACUAGGCCUCCCCUACCAACUUGAUUCUCCAGCUAAUUUUCAAGAUUUAAAAAGUGAAGAUUUUCUCGCAACUAAGCAUCCUUUUGGAAGAAUCCCAGUCCUUAUCGACGAUGAUUUUACAAUUGCCGAAUCUCGUCCAAUUUGUCGUUAUUUAGCAACUAAAUAUCAAGGAAAACAUAGCGACACAAUUUUAAUUCCCAAUGAUAUUUACCAAGCCAGUUUAGUUGAUCAAUACAUCUCUUAUGAUAUUUCGUAUUAUGACCCACCAAUCACAAAAAUCAUUUAUCAAGAAAUACGUGCUAAAAGGAAUAAUGAAACCCCGGACUCUGCAGUUGUUAAGCAAGCCUCUGAGGAUCUCGCUAAGGUUUUAGAUGUUUAUGAAAAGCUUUUGAAAGGAAAAGAUUAUUUAAAUGGUGAAUUUUCUUUAGCUGAUCUCUUCCAUUGUCCAACUACUUAUUAUGUCUACUCUGAAGUAUUUCCUGAUUUGUGGAAUGAUAGACCUAAUGUUAAAAAGUGGUGGGAUAGGUUAAAUAAUAGACCUGCUUGGAAAAAGACCCUAGAAGAUAGAGAUAAAAAUUAA